AUGAGCCAUUACGCGGCCAACAUCAAACCACAGAAAGAUCUGACCCAUCUGGGAGAUGUCCAUCAAGAGGAGGGCGAAUCUCUCAAGAUCUAUCUGGCCCGGUGGCAAAAAGAGAUCCAGUCCAUUGAAGAGGUUGAGGACCAGACCGCCCUCACCUUCUUCAUCGAAUCUUUACGAUCUGGGCAGCUAUACCAUGACCUACGGGAUAACCGGCCAGCCACCUACGCGGAAGCCAUACAUAUGACUAACAAACUGGCCAACACGGAGCAAGCCAUGAAACACAAGCGACAUCGAGAAGUCGGAGGAUCCGUUAGAGGAAAGCGAACCCGCGGAGACACAAAGGAAAGGCGCUCGGAGCCAACUAGGCGACCUGAGGCGCGGCGCCCGUAUGACAGGCCUAGCAUCCAGCCUUAUCGGCCGAUUCCCCAGCAUCCGGUGCAUGAGGUGCAAGCGGUCGCGCCUCCUCCACCUCCCCCUAGUGAGGAGCGCGCAGUGAACGAGGACCCAGGUAAGACAUAUAAAUACUAUCGCUAUCAUAAGUCGUACACCCACAACACAGAAGAAUGUUAUUAUCUGAAAAAGAUCAUGGAGGGGAUCAUCCAGCAAGGAACACCGCCUCCCAACCAGUGGCGGAGAAGGUCGGCGACCAAGGAAGACAGCGACCCCCUAGGGGCGGUCGAAGGCAGUCGCGGCAAACAGCCGGCGACCGAUGAAGGCGAGACCAAGUGGAGGCAGAAGCCGGUUAUCAAUAUGAUAGUCUGUGGACCUGAGAGAGGCGACUCUGCGAACACCAGAAAGGCCUGGGCCCAACAAUUGUACGUAGGGACAGUGUACGGACGAGAGGGUGGCUCGAAGAAAGCCUGCCGAGAGCCUAUUGUCUUCACAGACAAGGAUCUACCCACAGGCGAGACACCACAUCGCGAUGCCCUAGUCAUUGCGAUGGACGUGAAUGGGGUAGUCGUCCGGCGGAUCCUGGUAGACACCGGGAGCAGCGUCAACGUCUUGUACCUCGAAACCUUCUUCAAGAUGGAACUGUCACGUGAACAACUGAUCCCAGUCAAAACGCCACUCGCCGGCUUUAUGGGCGACUCUGUGGAGGCUGAGGGAUCUAUCACCCUGCCGGUGGAGAUCGGCAGCUAUCCCGACGUACAGAAGCUGGACAUGAAGUUCAUUGUGGUCAACUUGGCGUGUUCUCACAACGCGAUACUCGGCCGACCGGGUUUAGAAGAUUUGGGAGCACUGAUCUCCAUUGAGCAUCUCUGCUUGAAGUUCCGCACGCCGAGUGGGGUGGGUAUGGUCCGUUGCGACAGGAGAGUCACCCGCGACUGCUACCUGCAAGCUUGCAGAGGCAUGGGCAAGCAUGAAAUGCAGGUUCAUGAGAUCAUAGGGCAACCUCUAAAGAAGACUAUGAGAUCAUAG